UGCGCGUUGCCCGGUGCGCCGGCGGGGCGAGGGGCAACAAGCUCUCGGCGGCGGAACCGAACCGGGACCGGAGCGCACCGGGACCGGAGCGGGGAUGCGGGCCGCGCUCACCUGGCGUGACAAGGCCGAGCAGUGUAUUUAUGAUCUUGCAUUCAAACCAGAUGGGACCCAACUGAUAAUUGCUGCUGGAAAUAGACUGCUGGUAUAUGAUACUUCUGAUGGAACCUUAAUUCAGCCUUUGAAAGGACACAAGGACACGGUGUACUGUGUGGCUUAUGCUAAAGAUGGCAAACGUUUUGCAUCUGGCUCAGCUGAUAAAAGUGUGAUAAUUUGGACUUCAAAGUUAGAAGGAAUUCUGAAGUACACGCAUAAUGACUCGAUACAGUGUGUCUCAUACAAUCCUCUUACUCAUCAGUUGGCAUCCUGCUCUUCCAGUGAUUUUGGCUUGUGGUCUCCUGAACAGAAGUCAGUCUCCAAACAUAAAACUAGCAGUAAGAUUACUUGCUGUAGCUGGACAAAUGAUGGCCAGUACCUUGCUUUGGGGAUGUUCAACGGCAUUGUCAGCAUAAGGAAUAAAAAUGGUGAAGAGAAAGUUAAAAUAGAGCGUACAGGGGGUACUUCAUCUCCAAUAUGGUCAAUUUGUUGGAAUCCAUCCAGAGAGGAACGCAAUGAUAUUUUAGCUGUGGCAGACUGGGGUCAGAAACUUUCCUUUUACCAGCUUAGUGGCAAACAGAUUGGGAAGGACAGAAUGCUCAAUUUUGAUCCUUGCUGUGUUAGCUAUUUUACUAAAGGAGAGUAUAUUUUACUGGGAGGCUCAGAUAAACAAGUUUCCCUCUUCACGAAGGACGGUGUGCGUCUUGGUACCAUAGGAGAGCAAAGCAGUUGGGUGUGGACAUGCAAAGUUAAACCAGACUCCAACUAUGUGGCAGUAGGAUGCCAAGAUGGAACAAUAUCCUUUUAUCAGCUGAUUUUCAGCACUGUUCAUGGCCUUUAUAAAGAUCGCUAUGCUUACAGAGACAGCAUGACUGAUGUUAUUGUCCAGCACCUCAUCACUGAACAAAAAGUUAGAAUAAAAGGCAGAGAGCUUGUAAAGAAAAUUGCAAUCUACAAAAACAGAUUAGCAAUCCAGAUGCCAGAGAAAAUCUUGAUUUACGAGUUAUACUCAGAUGAUUCUUCAGAUAUGUAUUAUCGAGUGAAGGAAAAGAUAGUAAAAAAAUUUGAAUGCAACUUGCUGGUUGUAUGUUCAGAUCACAUUAUUUUAUGCCAGGAGAAAAGAUUGCAGUGCCUCUCAUUUAGUGGCAUUAAAGAACGAGAAUGGCUGAUGGAAUCUCUUAUUCGUUAUAUUAAAGUAAUUGGAGGACCCCCAGGAAGAGAAGGCCUCUUAGUUGGUCUAAAGAAUGGUCAGAUUCUGAAGAUAUUUGUCGAUAAUGUCUUUGCAAUUGUCCUGUUGAAGCAAUCCACGGCUGUGCGCUGCCUGGAUAUGAGCGCAUCCCGAAACAAGCUGGCAGUGGUUGAUGAAAACGAUACUUGCCUGGUAUAUGACAUUCAUACCAAAGAGUUGUUGUUUCAGGAACCCAACGCUAAUAGUGUGGCUUGGAAUACGCAGUGUGAGGAUAUGCUUUGCUUUUCUGGCGGGGGUUACCUCAAUAUCAAAGCUAGUAACUUCCCUGUCCACCAGCAAAAACUUCAAGGCUUUGUUGUGGGUUACAACGGCUCCAAGAUCUUCUGUCUUCAUGUUUUUUCUAUGUCAGCUGUUGAAGUUCCGCAGUCUGCACCCAUGUAUCAGUAUCUGGAACGAAAAAUGUUUAAAGAAGCCUAUCAAAUUGCAUGUUUAGGAGUAACUGAUACUGACUGGAAAGAACUAGCGAUGGAAGCCUUAGAAGGGCUGGAGUUUGAAACUGCUAAAAAGGCAUUUACCAGGGUACGAGACCUUCGAUAUUUAGAAUUGAUCAGCAGCAUAGAGGAGCGGAAGAAGCAUGGAGAGAACAACAAUGAACUGUUCCUAGCAGAUGUUUAUGCCUACCAGGGAAAAUUCCAUGAGGCAGCAAAGUUGUACAAAAAGAGCGGACGUGAAAACUUAGCUCUCGAUAUGUACUCUGAUUUACGCAUGUUUGACUAUGCAAAGGAUUUUCUGGGAUCUGGAGACCCCAAAGACACAAAGAUGCUAAUAAAAAAACAAGCAGAUUGGGCCAAGAAUAUCAAUGAACCACAAGCAGCAGUGGAGAUGUACCUCUCUGCGGGCGAGCACAUGAAGGCCAUAGAAAUCAGUGGUGACCAUGGCUGGGUUGAUAUGUUAAUUGAAAUUGCUCGAAAACUGGAUAAAGCCGAGCGUGAGCCUUUGGCAAAAUGUGCCUUCUAUUUUAAGAAACUCGAUAACCCUGGCUACGCAGCAGAAACCUACAUGAAGGUUGGUGACCUGAAAGCAUUGGUCCAUCUCCACGUGGAGACUCAUCGCUGGGAAGAAGCAUUUGCUUUGAGUGAAAAGCAUCCUGAAUUCAAAGAUGAUGUCUAUGUCCCUUAUGCUCAGUGGCUGGCAGAGAAUGAUAGAUUUGAAGAAGCCCAAAAAGCAUUUCACAAGGCUGGCAGGCAGAGUGAAGCUGUAAGAGUGCUGGAGCAGCUAACGCACAAUGCUGUGGUUGAAAGCCGAUUUAACGAUGCAGCCUAUUAUUAUUGGAUGCUUUCCAUGCAGUGCUUAGACAUAGCCCAAGAGAAUGAACAACAGAAGACUGAAAUGUUGCAGAAGUUUCAUCACUUCCAGCAUUUGGCAGAAGUUUACCAUGUCUAUCACUCGAUUCAAAGAUACACUGAGGAGCCUUUCAGUUUCCACUUGCCUGAAACCCUCUUCAAUAUUUCCAGGUUUCUACUUCACAGCUUAACAAAGGAGACUCCUUUGGGGAUCUCAAAAGUCAAUACGUUAUUUGCCCUGGCAAAACAGAGUAAAGCUCUUGGUGCAUACAAACUGGCUCGCCAUGCCUAUGACAAGUUACAGGGACUGCAGAUCCCAGCUAGGUUCCAGAAAUCAAUUGAGCUGGGCAGCCUGACAAUCCGAUCCAAGCCAUUCCAUGACAGUGAAGAGCUCGUGCCCUUGUGUUACAGGUGCUCUACCAACAACCCUUUGCUAAAUAACUUGGGGAAUGUCUGCAUUAACUGCAGACAGCCUUUCGUCUUCUCUGCUUCCUCCUAUGAAGUACUGCAUCUGGUUGAGUUCUAUUUGGAAGAUGGCAUCACAGAUGAAGAAGCUGUAGCUCUCAUUGAUCUUGAAGCUCCAAGACUGAGUAAAAGAGAGAAUAAAUGGCAAGAGAUGAUGAGUGACAAUGCACAGAGUUUGAGGCUCGAUGACAAUACAGAUAUUAUUGAAGAUGAUGAUCCCUUUACAGCAAAACUGAGCUUUGAGCAAGGAGGCUCAGAAUUUGUUCCAGUGAUUGUGAAUCGUGCUGUUCUGCAGUCAAUGAGCCGGAGGGACGUCCUGAUUAAACGCUGGCCAAAGCCACUGCGGUGGCAGUACUACCGUUCCCUGCUACCAGAUGCCUCCAUUACCAUGUGUCCAUCAUGUUUUCAGAUGUUUCACACAGAAGACUAUGAGCUUCUUGUACUCCAGCAUAAUUGUUGUCCAUUCUGUCGACGGAGAAUAGAUGAGUCAAACCAAUGAAAAAAACCAAACACUUCCUGGACUCAGAGUUUUCGUAACGACUUAGCAAGAACAGCGUUAGAGUUUAGAGCUCUUAACCUGUGAUCUUGGCACUGAGGGCCAUCUCACAGCCACACUGAGAGGAGGGGGGCGAAGCUUUUAAUCUGUGUAGAAUUCACCCUGCAGAACGCCAGGUUGUGUUAAUCAAGCCACCCAGACGUGAGUACCUCCACCGCCCGCUGCCUCCUGUGUCGCCGCGACUCCUGCCGUCGUGUCUGUGUCGGUUCUUGCAGCGCCCGUGAUCUGCGCCUGCCUUUGCGCUGCCGUGCUGACCAGCGCGGUGAUGUGCUGCAGGAGCAUUUCUGAGCAGGACUUCCCCAGCACUGUUUCAGCCCGGAGCCAUGGGCAAACAAGGUGUAGAGGCGAGAGGAGAUGGACCUGCCAGGUUCUACUUCAGCUGCUUGCUGAGGGGAUUGCAGUGAUGCAGCUGCUUGACCCAACAUGGUGGGCCAGUCCCAGGCAGCAGCAAAGCCCCUGUGCAGUAGUUUGCUCACUCCUCCCUGCAGGCCUGGGGAGAAAAUCAGAAGAGCAAAAGCAGGGAAGCUCACAGGUCGAGAUAAAAAUGGUUUGAUAAGUGAAGCAAAGCUGUGUGUGCAAGCAAAGCAGUAAGGUGUUUAUUCAGUGCUUCCCCGGGGCAGUCAGAUACCCGGCCUGCUUCCUGGAGAGCAGGGCCUGCCAGGGGGUGAUGGCUACCUGGGAGGGCAAACGCCACAAACACAAAAUCCUUCCUCCUUUCCCGGAGCUUUUAUUUCUGCACAUGUUACCAUCCGGUGCAGAAUACCCCUUUGGCCAGCUGGCCCAGCUCUGUCCCCUCCCCACUUCUUGCCCAGCUCUGGCCUAUUCCUGGGCAGGACAGAGUGGGGGAAAAGGAAAACCUCGGUGCCGUGCAAGCACUGCUCAGCUCUAGCUACACCCCCGGUGUGUUAGCAGCCGCACUGGUUUAGACACAAAUCCAAAGCACAGCACCACAGGGCUGCUCUGGGGACGGUCACCCCCAUCCCAGCCAGGCCUGCCGAAUCUCCCGAGGAUGGUCACAGAGCAGCUCUGGCAGUGGGAGGACGUGUGUGGGUAGCGGGCUGGGCUGGGUCGGGGCUGGGGAGCGAGAGGUCUGUUGACUCUAAGCCAGUAUAAAUUGUGCCCAUGUUACCAUGAGUUUUCUUGUUGUUAUGACAUCCCGUCUGUCACAGCCUCCCUUUGUUUUGAGUGGGAAAUGAUAUUUUACUUUACUGUCUGAAGCUGCUGGCGGAGGUUGUUGGGUGCCGGUGAAGCAGCUACCACAUAACCGCACUCUGCCCGUUGAACUGGUGAUGUCUCCGUGUCCGCUCCAGUUCCUCUUGAAAGUCACACCCUGCACUGGCACCACGGGGUUCUGAGCCCCUCGAUGCUUCCUGACCAACUCUGCUUAAUUUGCCACUUCAGAAACAUUCUGUUCGAAUUGCCGCUCGUCUGUCACUGUUUGCAAUGAAGACUUUGUCACUGACAUGGAUAAACAAUGCUGUUUGAGAUGUGAGCCAGAAUGGAAUUCGGCUCAUUCUCCUGGAACUGAGCUGGCUUUGUAGAGCUAGUGGGAAUGAAAAAAUAUAAAAAUAAAUAGAUAGGGUUUGCCAUGACACAGAGACAAAAUGGAUCAAGCAAGAAGUUUUUUUUCCUUUUUUAAGCAACUCUGAAUCCAGUCUAGGUUUGAAAAGGGUACUGGGCUUUUCUAGGCAAGAACAUACUCGGCCCGUAUCACAGAUUGUGAAGAUGUUCUAGUUCCAGACUGCCUUGUGCCACUGAAACUCUCAAGCAACUUUAUGAUAAGGAGUUCCUCGCUGUACAAGAAGUCUCACCGUGGUGCUUGUCUGAAGCUGUUGUGAGUGGCUGACCAACAGUUUUCUUUGACUUGCAGAGUUGUUCUACCCUUUCCUGCCUGCCUGUCCCACUGCUGUGCUCCCGCGGUGACGCACGCCAGGCCCUAAGCUCUGAGCAGCACCUGCUAACCUCAGCAGUGGCUUAUUGCAUCAGAGCUUAAGGUGGCAUAUUUGUGUAUUGGGAAGAUAAAACUUUAAUCCUUCUUGUAUGCCCAGAUACAAGUAUGAACAGCUGCAUUUGCAAUUAGAUAGUGGCACUGCUCUGGCCUUGGCAACGUGUGUGAAAAGUUAAUUGAGAGUGACUUAGGAGGAGUGGAGCGUGUGUGAGGAUGUGGCAGUUUCCCGUUGGCAUGAAGGAAGACCUUUGGGACUGUCCAGAGUGAUGGUGGCCUGCCUUGGGCUACAGCCAGCCCGGUCUUCCUGUGGGUGCCAGCACUUCAGCUCCUUCAGACCUUCCCCACUUACAGUGAAGGUUUCCCAGCUUGGCGUCUUCUUUAAAGAGUACAGUGCUUUGUGCGGUUUUCAUUUAAACUUUUUGCGUGUGCCAAACUAACCCACAGGGAACACUGGUGAAAACUGGGCCAGGGCCAAAGUUUAUUAAGGCCGAGAGGACGCAUGUGCGAGCUCCAGUGGCUCUGGCACAUCCUCGCGUGCUGGCCGAGGCGCCCACAGCUGCCCACUCCUGGCUGCAGGGAGUGCUCAGCUCAGCCCCCGGCCGCAGCCAGAACAGCGAGGGGAGGUGGGUGCUCAGACCCCUCCAGCCUCUGGCCCCGACCGAGGGGCAGAGCCGGCAGACCUUGCCCAGCCGCCGCGGGGGAGCCGGCUGGCACGUUACUGACUGCUGACGAGAAAGGUGGUGAACAGCGGGUGGGGAAAAAAAGGGAAGAGAUGGGGAAAAUAGCUCUGGAGCUUAAAAGAUUAGUCACGAUGGUGUGAGCUGUCUCCAGAAGAGGUACCCUCUGCGGUUGGCUUCAUUGCGCUCGCUAAUGUACGUGCUGUCCCCAUUGCCUCUGAGAGAUUAAGGAAAGGUAAUGUCUAACUCAGUUGCUGGCUGGCACAAAGAACAUUUCAAGCACAACUCAGUGCAUUGAGUGGGGAGGCAGAGAGACGUGGAGGACAUGGAAGGCUCCAAAGAGGCUUCCUCUGUGGAAUUUGAUGCUUCCACAAGGUUUCAGGGAGACCAGAGAUGUCUGUCAACCACAAAAUGAGGCUGAGUGUUGGCUUCAGCUCAGAACCUCCCUUCAGUGCCCUUGUGCGGCAACCUUCUCAGCACCAGUGCAGAAUGACACCUGCCCAGGACAGGUGGUCUAGAUUAUUUAUUAGGUGCUACCAGUGUAACUCCUUGUAGGAGUGGGCCUGGACACCCCUCUACCACUGACCGACCGCACCACACGGCACCUGCCCAGCCCAGCCGCCACCUGCAGCCCCCCAAGCCCACGGUCGUGGGGGGUUUGAACCGCAAACUUCACUCCUGGUAGCAGCAGGGCGGAAAGGAGCCUCUGUUUGCUGGCGACUGCCAGAAGUUCAGCCCAGGAGCCUUGAGAAAGCGUGGCCAAGGAUCCCCAUGUGCCUCGUCUUCCCCUGGCACCCUCCGCCUGGCAACCUGAUGGUAAUGCCCACCACUCCCAGUACCUCUCUGUGGGGAAACUGAGGCAUUUCACAGUGAUGGGCAGCACACCCCCGAGUGCCCGUGGAGGGUGGGCGGGGGGCCUCGGGGGCAGGAGGGGUGAGUGCCUCUCCCUGGGCGAUGGGAGCGUGAGCUGUGGACGUCCAGCUCUGCGCUGUGGGGUGCAAAGACUGCCAAGGGUGCAGGGCCCACCCCAAACCCUUGCUCCCUGGGGAGCACAGCCAUGCUGGGGAGCAAGGCUGUGCAAGCGGAGCUGCCAUCUGGUUUGGGCCCCCCCAGUGAAAGGUGCGAUGCAGAGCUACCUCCUUACAUAUGACCAUGAACCAUGGUCUCCAGCAAUGACAUCGUGGGCCCAAAACAGGUGUCACCUUAAUACCUUCCCAGGAAAGCCAAUUACCCCUGGAUGAUUAUGUUUAAUAAUUCUCUAAGCCCUAAUCGCGCUGACACCAAUGCCUGGAGCUUACCCUGGGGGGCACUUUAUAAGGGGCGCCCUGCAGAGGUGAGCGCAGCCACUUCUUGGGGUGACAGCGAAGGCUGAGAGGUGGCGGGAGCCCCACUUCAGAAGCGAUCCCCCCACACAAAAAAGAAACCCCUGAGUAAGAGCAAAAGGCACCUCACGAACCGCAACCAUGAAUGGAACAGAAGGCCAAGACUUCUAC